UUUUAAGCUCGCGCUGGUGUCAGUGUACCGCAGUGCAGCAGCUAGGAAGGGCCAGGGAAACACUGCCUGAGACAAAGUUCAGACAACCAUACAGCUACAAAAAAAAAGGAGCUCAGAGGAGAUCUCACCAUGCUUCUGACACUUCUUUUCAUCUCCACGGCUGUGGCCACCCCUCUGCUGGGAACUGAGCAGUGUGCUCGUGGACCCCCGUACUGGUGCCAAAACGCCAAGACUGCUUCGAUUUGUGGUGCCGUCUCCCACUGCCAACAGAACGUCUGGAACCAGCCUCACGUGAAAACUGUGCCAUGUGACCUGUGCAAAGAGGUGGUGGCUGUGGUGGACAAACUGCUGAAGGACAAUUCAACACAGGCUGAGGUCCUGAGCUAUCUUGAGAAAGUGUGCCAGUUGGUUCCUGAUGAAGGCCUGUCAAGUCAGUGCAAGGAAAUUGUGGACAAUUACUUCCCCGUCCUUGUUGAUAUUAUUAAAGGAGAGCUGGACAACCCAGAAGUGUUAUGUAGUGCUCUUGGCCUGUGUGUAACCCAGCAGGAGGUUUUUGCCAAAGCUCAGCUCAUGUCCAAUGAGAUUCCUGAAAUGGAUCUGACCCAGAGAAUUAGUCCUUUACUCCUGAACAUCCCUCAGCUCCUUUACCCCGGGGAGAAUUUCAAUAAGGAGAAGGAGACCAGUGCCAAGGAGGAUAGCCAAGUGUGUGAGGACUGCAUCAAGUUCAUCACCGACACUCAAGAUGCAGCCAAGAAAAACUCCACCUUCAUCAGCUCCAUGAUUGAACAGAUUGAAAGCCAGUGUGACCUGCUGGGGCCUGGUAUUGCUGAUAUUUGCAAGCAGUACGUCAGCCAGUACGCACCUCUCAUCUUCCAGCAGCUUAUGUCCAUGCAAGCCAAAGACAUCUGCUGCCGUGCUGGGUUCUGUGACGCCACCCCUGAAUCUGUGCCCUUGCUGAACCUUGUUCCUGCUAAAUCCAUUCCUGCAAAAAAGACCUUCCCUGCCACUAAAUUGGUCAAGCCUUCCUCUAUCAAUCCUGCCAAGAAGAUGGUGCGUGCCCGUGACUCCCCACAAUGUGCCAUCUGUGAGUAUGUGAUGAAAGAGCUUGAACGCAUAAUCCAGUACCAGACCACUGAGUCUGAAGUGGUGCAAGCUGUGGAGAAAGUGUGCAGCAUCCUGCCCUCCACCCUCUCUGCUCAGUGCAAGGACCUGAUUGAGACCUAUGGCCAGGCAAUCAUUGAACUGCUGCUUCAGGAAGCUGAUCCCAAGACUGUCUGCAGCAUUCUGGGCCUGUGCAAGGACGCAAGUCGCGCCUUCAUCCCUGUGAUGGAGAAGGCAGAGUUCGAGGCUGGCGGAUUCUGUGAUGUGUGCAAGAUGGCCGUGCGUUAUAUAGAUGGCAUCCUAGAGAAGAACGCCACAGAGGCACAGAUCGAGGAGGCUGUGAAGAAAGUCUGCAACUUCCUGCCUGAAGAAUACAAAACUCAGUGUGACCAGCUCAUUGACCAGUAUGAGCCUCUCAUUGUCCAGCUCCUGCUCCAGGCUCUGGACCCUGAAUUUGUCUGCAUGAAGCUGGGUGCGUGCCCUGGAGUACUGCGGAUGCUGUUGGGUGUCGAGCAGUGCAGCUGGGGCCCAGCCUUCUGGUGCAAGAACAUGGAUACUGCCACCCGCUGUAACGCGGUGAAUCACUGCAGACGCCAUGUUUGGAGUUAGAGAGGAGUGAAGUGCACAAACUGACUUGAGGAACUAAAGGAGAAUUUCUGUAGCGUUGUCUGUUUUUAUUCCAAAAAUCAACCCUUCCUCUUGUUUUGUUUUAAAGGAGAUUUCAGUAGUGUGAUCAAACCUAAUUAAGCAAUUUUUUGCGAUCUGGACAGGAUUAAAGUUACCAUUUAAGGGAGCGUUAAAGUACUAUGCAGGAGGUGGAUGGGAGAUGAGUGAGUGAAUUUGACUAAUGGGAAGGUUUAUUUUAUUGAAUUUUUUUUUUUUUACUGAACUUGAAAUGUUGAUGUUUACUGUGGUUUUUCCCCCUUUAAAUUACUUUGAUCUUCUGAUUAAUUGUGUAAUUGUAGGUGGUCAUGAAAGACGAGGUUGUGCCUUGAGCAAAGAGGAAGUCUGACUCCUCUGAAUGAACAGUUUUAACUCCCUUAACUAAAAGGAAACCCUGCUCCUGCAACUGCUAUAGGCACAAGGCCAGUGAGAAGAUGAUUUUAGGAGCGUUCUGAUAUGGUUUUUACUGACAAAUGUGUUCAUUAAUAAUGGAAGUUUGCAAUUUAGCAGCAUUUUGUAAUGGUGUACAUGUUCAUAUCAGAUGGAAGAUACUGAAUUUCAUGUGACCUCACAUCCACUUUGUGUCCGUGGCUUUUUGUUUAUUUUUUCCCCCCUUUUUGGGUUUCUUGAGCAAGUGAUUCUAAGCUGUAUUGUGCUUCACUCUUAACACUGAACUAUUUUGUUUGAAUUUUUUUUUUUCUGUGGAAAUUAAACAGUCCUAAAUCUA